AUGGUUUCUCGCCACAUUCCAGCUCUUCACCGGCUGCAUCUGGAUGCUGGCCAGCUGGUCAAUCAACCGCCGAUUCCCCAAAAUCUCCAAGGAGUUCCUCCUCGCCCUCCUCGGCCCGACGCUGUUCCACACCGUCGGCCAGAUCUCCGCUUGCGUCUCUUACUCCAAUGUCGCCGUCUCGUUCACCCACAUCAUCAAAUCGGUGGAGCCCGUCUUCUUCGUCAUCUUCUCGUCUUUCCUUGGCGAGAUCUUCCCUCUCAAGGUAUGGCUCUCGAUCCUCUCCAUAGUCUUCGGCUGCUCCUUAGCCGCAGUGACCGAAGUGUCCUUCAAUUUGGGAGGCCUCUCGGGGACCAUGAUCAACAACUUCGGCUUCGUGCUCAGGAACAUCUAGAGCCUGUAGAAUUUCAAAGAAAUCGACGGGAUUAA